GUACUUUCCUGCGGGCCGCAACGGCAAGAGCAGCCCAAAUUUGGGCGGCAACUAGGUAAAAGUUAAACGCAAAUGCAACUGCAAAUCAACACCAGGGAGAGUCGAAGAGAAUUUUAAAUUCCCAUUUCAAUCUUCUGUAGAGCUGCUAAUUAUAGGAUCUACUCAUGAUUGUCCCCGAUUUUAUGGACAUUUUAAACAAUUUGUUAUUCACAGUUUCACUUUUACCCUUUACUCUCUCUCUGUCUCUCAAGUCUACCAUGGAACAGUGCUCGGUUACAGCUAAGAUGCCACUUUCCUCUUUUCUUUUUCUUCGAAUGUGUUCUGCUAUUUCGAAUCUUCUGACUUUGGUAGCGACCACAUGGAGACACUGAAAAGCAAGAAGCGAGUAUGCAAGAAAAGAAAAAUUCUUGGGCCUGAAGGCACGCCGAACAGGGGAAUGGCAGAAAGGCAGUUAUGGGUUUGUGCCUGUGUAGUAGCGGGUUUGUGCGUGAGUUAUGCAAAUGCAGAUAGCCUCUGCAGAAGCACCUGCGGAGCGGAGGAGGUCGACUACCCGUGGGCAAUAGAUGAUGGAUGCGGGGCUCCCCAGUUGAGGAACAUGAUGUCCUGUGAUCAGACAGAUGCAGAACUAGAUCUGAUGUUCCAUACCAUUUCUGGGUCUUACAAAGUGCAGAGCAUGGACUAUAGGAAGCAACAGCUCACAGUCUUCGACCCCAACAUGUCGACCUGCAACACUCUGCAACCCCAGCCCAGCAAGGAAUUCAAGAUGGAGAAAGUCCAGUCGGUGGUGAUCUCCCCCUCGCCUGACACUCUCUUCAUUCUCUUGAACUGCUCCAUUGAUUCCCCUGUCCUCCACAGGUACUCCUCCCUCUGCACUAAUUUCUCUUCCACCUCAUGCCAGCAGUUGUAUUCCUGUCCGGCCUUCAAUAUUUUUGUGAUGAAUGGCACAACCCCUCCUCCCUGCUGUGCCACCGACUAUACCACCUUGAAUUUGUUGAGCUUGGAGGUGCUUGACUGCUCCCAUUACACCACCAUUUACAAUGCAGAUUCUUUGAAUACCAAUAAUGCUCUAGAUUGGCCCUAUGGCAUUCACCUCUCUUAUUCCCUUCCAGACAGCAUUUGCCCCGAAUGCCAACGCUCUGGUGGCACCUGUGGUUUCAGUACUGACACUGAGAGGCCCCUGUGCUUGUGUAAUGGAGGCAUGAACUCUACCAGGGACUGUGGAGGCCUGAAAAAUGUUGGGAUGGAUAACUCUUCUCAAAGUUCAGUUCUUGCAGGGAGCUCGUCAGCAGCAAAUUCAAUAAAGGCGGCAAACGUUCAGUUAUUGUCACUGUUUUUGAUGAUUGCCGGUAUUAGCAGCUUAAGAGUUAUGGAUUGCUUUUCCAAUUCUGUCUGAGCUGAAUCUCACAAAGAGUAUUACUCUAAUGAGUUUGGAAUGGAGGGCUCUCAAUUUGACCUAUAUUCUUCUCUCCAAGUGCUGCCAACAAAAUUGUAUACUGAACAUCGCAGCAAACAAUUUAAAGGUGGGAAAGUGGCCGUCUUCAUAGUUGAUGCUCUGAUAUGAGAAGUGUAGCUUGGGACCUAUUCAAGUGUAAGAACAAAUUAGCUUGAUUCAAGCCUGGAGUGAAGGGUAAUUUGAUUCUUUUGUUUACACCUCUUUUUAAAGAGUACUUAUAUAUACACUGAUUUCUUUGAGCUUUGUAUGAUUAUCUUCUUCACAACUUAUUUGACUUUGCUUA